GGCCAGUACUGGCCACUCCCACACGUCCCCAGCCCCGUCAGCCGGCGCAGGGGAUCUUAGGGUGGCUCCAGCAGGGAAUUCCCCAUUACAUACACACACAGGUGCUCUCCCCGCUCCAGCUGCUGUCCCACAGGCACUAACACACAGCGGGGCUUGGGAUGGUGGGUGGGGGUCAGGCAGCCCCUGCCUCCCACAGCACUUAAAGCCGUCCCCAGCCUGGCUGGGUCAGAGUGAGGAGCAGCCAGAGGGGACGGAGCCGCUCCUGCCUGACCCGACGAGGAGCCCGGGAUGAACGGCUCGGUGCCGGGACCGCUGCUGGUGGAACACCCCGGCGAGUGUGUGCCCAACAACCCGGUGCAGUUUGUGCUGGUGCCCAUCACCUACUGCCUGGUGCUGUGUGUGGGGCUGCCGGGCAACCUGGUGGCGUUGCUGGUCUUCCUGCAGAGCGGCAAGGUGAGGAAGGCCAUCCGCAUCUACCUCAUCAACCUGACGCUGGCUGACAUCCUCUUCAACCUCACCCUUCCCCUCUGGAUCCACUACUACCUGGCUGGGGGGGACUGGCUACUCUCGGAGGCCACCUGUCGCCUGGCGGGGGCCGCCUACUACCUGGCGACCUACAGCGCCAUCACCUUCAUGGCCCUCAUCAGCUUCAACCGGUUCUGCGCGGUGCGGGCGGCGCGGCGGGUGCUGCCGCUGACCGGGCCCCGCGGCGCCGCGCUGGCCUGCGCCCUGGCCUGGCUGCUGGGGCUGGGCUGCGCCGUGCCCACCCUGGCCACCCACCAGACCUUCCCCACCCGCGCCGGGACCACCGCCUGCUUUGAGCAGCACGGGCGGCAGCGGGGCUAUGCCUACGCCAUGGUGGCUUUCUUCUCCGCCGCCUUCCUGGUGGUGCUGGGCACCUACGCCUCCAUCGCCCGGGCGCUCUCGGUGCCCGCCGCUGCCUCGCCGGGCUCCCACCGGCAGCAGGCCCGUGCCAUGGUGCUGGGGAUGCUGCUGGUCUUUGUGGUCUGUGUGGCCCCCUACCACCUGACGCUGGCCCCCUGGGUGGGCAGCCGGCCCCCCGCACCGCUCUGUGGGCCCCCCGACACCCUGGAUGUGCUGCACACGCUGAGCGUGGCCCUGCUCAGCCUCAACAGCUGCCUGGACCCCGUCGUCUACUGCUUCUCCAUCCGGCGUUUCCGCGCCGACCUGCAUCGGACCCUCCGCAAGCUCGGCCGGUGCUUCCCGCUUCCCCCGCCGGCCCCGCCCGGGCCAGCGCCUGGCGCCCGAGCAUCCUCCUUCACCUCCUCCUAG